GCUGGGAGGGGUCGCCCCGCCGGGCGUCUCCCGAGGAGAGACGAAGGGAGGGGAGGCGGAGGCGCCUGGGCCGCGGGCGUUUGCGGGGAGGCGAGGCCGUCCGCUCCCCCCGGCCGCUGCGCUGCGCUGCGGCGCGCACGGGCUCCGCCGGCUGCUAUUCCGGCUGGCGGCGACCGCCGCAGGAAGGGCCGGUUCCUGCGCUCCCCCCGCCCCCUUCCCUCGCCUUCUGCUGACGCUGACGUCGGAUGAGGGAGCUGGAGGGACGCUCCGACCGCGGCCAGGAGGCUCCUGGGGGCCGGGGCUCCGAGGCAAGCCAUCAGGAGCCUGCAUUGAUGCCCUGGCUCUGAAGCUACUUGGCUUUGUUCUCUCAGACCCAUUAGUCACCUCCCUGGAUCACAGUCAUUUUAGGGGUACUGAUUGCCAGGACCCUCUCUGGUGUAGAGGAAGAACAAGUGGAUGGAUUCCGUGGACUAGCUGGAAGCAUUCAUGCACAGAGCUUUCACUCCGGCAGCCAGCAUUCUGUGUCUGGCCAGAGGCCAUUCCUUUAGGGAGCAAACUCUCCAGUCUUUCCAGAAACCGGUAGUAGAAAAAGAAGAAGGAAACAUGUCAGGACACAAAUGCAGUUAUCCCUGGGACUUCCAGGAUCGAUAUACUCAAGAUAAGUCAGUAGUAAAUAAGAUGCAGCAGAAGUAUUGGGAGACGAAGCAGGCCUUUAUUAAAGCCACAGGGAAGAAGGAAGAUGAGCAUGUUGUUGCCUCCGAUGCGGACCUGGAUGCCAAGCUGGAGCUGUUUCACUCAAUUCAGAGAACCUGUUUGGACUUGUCUAAAGCAAUCGUACUCUAUCAAAAGAGAAUAUGUUUCUUGUCUCAAGAAGAAAACGAACUGGGAAAAUUUCUCCGAUCCCAAGGCUUCCAAGAUAAAACCAGAGCAGGAAAGAUGAUGCAAGCAACAGGAAAGGCUCUCUGCUUUUCUUCCCAACAAAGGUUGGCCUUGAGAAAUCCUUUGUGUCGCUUUCACCAAGAAGUGGAGACUUUUCGGCACCGGGCCAUCUCAGACACUUGGCUGACAGUGAAUCGCAUGGAGCAGUGCCGGACUGAAUACAGAGGGGCAUUAUUAUGGAUGAAGGAUGUGUCACAGGAGCUUGAUCCAGACCUCUACAAGCAAAUGGAGAAGUUCAGGAAGGUACAGACACAAGUACGCCUUGCCAAAAAAAGCUUUGACAAAUUGAAGAUGGAUGUGUGUCAGAAAGUGGAUCUUCUUGGAGCAAGCCGAUGCAAUCUGUUGUCUCAUAUGCUAGCAACGUACCAGACCACUCUGCUUCAUUUUUGGGAGAAAACUUCUCACACUAUGGCAGCCAUCCAUGAGAGCUUCAAAGGUUAUCAACCAUAUGAAUUCACUACAUUAAAGAGCUUACAAGACCCUAUGAAAAAACUGAUUGAGAAAGAAGAAAGGAAGAAGAUCACCCAGCAGGAAAGUGCAGAGGCCACCGUGGAAGAGCCGAGUCAGUUAAUUUCAUUAGAGGACGAAAACCAGCACAAGGAGUCUUCUAGUUUUAAGACUGAAGAUGGAAAAAGCAUUUUAUCUGCCUUAGACAAAAGCUCUACACAUAAUGCAUGCUCAGAUGAACUAUUAGACAUGAAACCUGAGGAAGGUGCUUGCCUGGGCCCAAUGGCAGGGACCCCAGACCCUGAAGGUGCUGACAAGGAUGACCUGCUGCUGUUGAGUGAGAUCUUCAACGCUUCCUCCCUGGACGAGGGUGAGUUCAGCAAGGAGUGGGCUGCUGUGUUUGGAGACGACCAGCUGAAGGAGGCAACGCCCACUGUGGCCCCAGCAGAGCCAGACCCCAGGCCCCAGACAGGCUCAGGAUUCCUUCCUUCACAGCUUUUAGACCAAAACAUGAAAGACUUACAGGCCUCACUACAAGGCUGGUCAGAGAGCAAUGUCAGUCCUCCUCCUACUCCAUGGCCAGCGCCACAGGCAAGCAGUCCAAAUGACAACAGCCCUGCAAUGAAAGAGCCUACGAAGGCUGCCUCGGACCUGACUGCCUGGUUCAGCCUCUUUGCUGACCUCGACCCAUUAUCAAAUCCUGAUGCUGUUGGGAAAACCGAUAAAGAACACGAAUUGCUCAAUGCAUGAGUCUGCAGCCUCACAGAGGGAGCCCACGUGCCCAACUCCUGGGCCACACACCUGGGGGCACGCAGACAUAUGAAGUGAUCAGUAUGCUGUUUUAAUAUUUACGUGCCAUUUUAAUAAAACGAGAGGGUCAGAGGCCCUGUU